GUGUCAGACGGCGAACGUAGUUUGCGUUGAAUUCAGUUGUCGGUGGGACAGCGAAAGGGACAAGUUGCUGUGUAUGGCUACUGUAUCCGCAGGAUGUUAUUUCUAGUGAUAGCAGUGAUCUUUGCCACGGCUCCAGAUUUUACGUGCCUGAAGUUACGAGAGCUUGUCGUCCCAGCGGUGGUGGUGAGAGGAGAAUCCGUCUGGUUGAACUGCACAUAUGAUCUGGAGAACGAGAAGCUGUAUUCCAUCAAGUGGCACAAGAACAACGUGGAAUUUUACAGGUACCUGCCUGAAGACAAACCGCCUGGGCAAAAAUACGACCUGAACGGAAUAUUUCUUGAUCUCAGCAAAACAGAUCGGGGCAAUAUCUUCAUGCCAAGGACCGAUGUGGAUUCCGAGGGAUCCUACAGAUGCGAAGUUUCUACCGACGCUCCCACUUUCCGGACAGUAAAGGGAGAGAGAGAAAUGAGGAUAUACGUGAACCCCAGCACGAGGCCCAUUAUAAAAGGCACAAAGAAUUACUAUGCACCAGGGGAGUUGGUGAAUGUGACGUGCAUUUCGGCGCCCUCCAGACCGGCGGCCUUUCUUAAAUGGUGGAUCAACGGACUGGAAGCAAGUAUGGACCAAAUAAUCAGACUCGAACCCCAGGAAUCUCCAGAUGGUCUCUUCACCUCAAAACUCAUCCUGAAAUUCGUCGCCAGACCUGGACACUUCUGGGAAGGCAAGAUGAAGGUGCAGUGCGAAGCGAUUAUAUCGCAGGCUCACACCUUGAGAAGUGAAGAGAUCAUUAUUACGAACAACAGUGCCACUACUGCCACGGGAGCUUACGAUCAGCAGAAGGACGGUCCAAGCAUCACAGGAGGUAAACGUGCUUACAAAGUGGGAGAUACAGUGGAUAUCAAUUGUACGGUGGCCAAAUCUACACCUCCUGCAGAGUUACACUGGUAUAUUAAUGACAAAGAAGCCCGUAAUGAUUACUUGGUGAACAGACCUCCUGCAGUGGGUCCUGACGGGGAAGAACUCACGGUACUUGGCCUUAAAUUCACAGUGAGGCAAAGACAUUUCCAGAAGCAAGAAAUGCGUCUGCGAUGCACCGCAACUCUUUCAGAAGUGAAGAGAAUGACUAGUGAGCCGUUAGAAGCGGUACUCUCAGAGCAACAGAAAUCUGAUUUACAUGUGGACCUCAAUACGAGCUCAGUGUCGAACAAAAGUAGUUUGAAGCCUACAACACUUGAUUCCUUAUGGAGCAUUUUUGUGUUCUUAAUACCCAGGGUAUUAAUUCAGAAAUCCCAGCAUUAGAAGCACAAUAUAUAGAAGAAAUGUGAAUCAAAUUUUUAAAAAUCCCGUUGUCUUUCAAGGAACAGACAUUGAAAAUAAAACUCAUAUCUGAAAUGAAAACUUCCGCUGCUUCGAAGAUCGAAACCCAUAGCAGGUGAUUCUUCGAAAACUCGCUAUUUACCAAUGAUAUUUUGGGUACAUGUUAACUUCACGGAAAUACUGAAUUGCUAUCUACUAUUUACGGACCAGCUAGUAUAUAUUUGAGAACAGGAAGUGUGCAAGAUAAGAACUUCUACAUGAAGUGUACAAAAAAUAUUGCUUUUAAAUGCUUAAACUUCUUUCUUAGCUUGAAUAUUUAAAGUAAGUGAACUUGGGAAUACUUACUGUGAAAAGACAAGAUAUCGAGACUUUAAAUGAAGAAAAGAGAUACUCUUCUAAUGUUUAAGAAAUUAUAUUAUAUUCCAAUUUAUGGCGAAAGAGAAAUGUACAUAAAUAUUUGUGUCACAAAUUUUUUGAUUAUUGUAGUUAGAAAAUUCAGUUGAAAUUUUAUAAUCAUUAACCUGAAGUUAACAUAAGUAUGUAAAAAUGAAAAAGUAUUUUUUCUUAA